AGGCUGGGUGUUUGUGGGUUUUUUAAGCACAAGGUUUGAGAAGUGAUAAAACUGAAACACGAGCUUGGAAGUAGAGGGUUAAGCGGAGUUUGGUGUGUAUGUCUCACUGAGAACAAAUGCUGGGCUGCGGUCUGCAGCUGAGGAACGUGCGGGAAGCAGUGCAUGGUGGCCCACACUGAUGGCAACUCCUCGUAAAUGCAUAUCAGAUUACUGUGACUUCAGAGUUAUUUGAGAACUUAAGACACAUUUAAGAACUAAAGACACAUUUCAAUAAAGCAAAUUGCUUACACUUGAUUGUGCUGAGUAGAACUCUUGAGGCUGAAGGCUGGUCUACACUAUAAAAAGCCCUUACUAUAGGUUAAAGGACCAGCACUGUCAAAUAUGGUGGCGCUAUUGGUCUUUGACAGAGCCCUAGGCACAGUUAUUUCCCACCUGCUAUUGCAUCCUGCAUGUAGCAGCAUUACAGACAUCGGCUUCUCUGUUUUCCACAAGUGGUACUCAUUUUUAUCUUAUCUUGUAAAAAAAAAUACUGCUACUAAUAAAAUCAGCAACAGACUUUGUACUAGUGAGUGCAGCAUUUAGUUCCAAAUCCAGACUGUCACACAGUGAUGCUAAUCUGGUCAACAGUCCUGCUCAGUUUUAAAGCCACUUUCAACAAGCACUUCAGGUUACAGAGUUACUCCAGGGGAACUUCCUUUUACUUCUCAGAUAACAGAAUUCAAACCCCCCAGUUUAGAUACAGGUGCGUAUUUCAUUGUCCUGCUUGUCCAGUUCCAGUAAUGUUAUGGUUGAAAAGUGUGAUGUCUGCUUGCUGUGUUUUUGUCUGCUUUAGAAGUGCAAGCCUAUUUCCCAGAGAAAUAAACUCAAUCUUGUCAGUGAAUGAAAUUAGUAAACAAAUAAACUAUGCUGCUGAUGGGUUUUGGUCCGGAGGACUAUUCUCAAAGCAGUUUGGUAUAUUCCCUGGUGCUUGCAUUGACUUUAUUAGUAGCUACUUGGUGCAGUUUGUGUCAGCUGGUUCCCUGUCUAUAAUGCAAUGCUCUGUGUCUGCAGAGGGACCUGCUGUGGCUGGAAGUUAGCAGAGGGUUCUUCAAAGCAUAUCACAUUUCAGGGCUCAGGCUUUAAAAUAUGGUGCUCUCUAGAGAGUACAAGGACAAUGUGGAUUGACAGCAUUUGAUAAAUGUGUACAGUAAAUUAAAGUUGUUUCUUUGUCCAAGAAUUUAUUUUAAUAUUUGGGAAAGGGAGGGUGUUUGGCUUCUUUUUUUUCCCUCCCAGUUGUAAUCUGCAUUCUUCUUAACCACAAACUAAUUGCUUACAAUGGAAUAAGGCAAACCAUUUAACUCUAUUUUGAUUCAUUUCCCUUUUGCAAUUUCACUGUAUGAGCAUUCUUGCAGGUCCAAGCUAAAAAGUACAGAUAAAGUCUCAGCAUAUACAAAGAAAAUAUUUGGUAAGAUUCUGGAUGCCAGAGUGCACAUAAAGUUCUUGCCCUGGUGCAGAAAGUUAGGAAGGAGUAUUUAGAGAUAUUAACAUUUUUCUUAUGUCCUCUUUCAUUUCACAAUGUUUACUAUUAAUAAAAAGGCCUCCUAGCAUUUCAGUGAUUGUAGGAAUGUAGGAAUGUAGUGAAUGAGGAAUGUGAAAGUUUUUUCUUGCUUGUUAUACACCUUUUAUUUUUCUUACUCUUAACUUCUUGCCCCUUGUUUUCACUCAAACACUCCUGGUUAGAAAGCACAACAGAAUAGGCUGUACAGUUUUGGCUAGCGAACCAACUGACCAAUUUAACUUCCUCUUCUGGGAAACAAGUAAUGAUAUUGCUAAAAUACACAGGGCUAUGGCAUGUCAACACAGUCACUGAUGAGGCUAUGGAAGCCUGAGAAAUACCCAUAAGAACUCUUUUCUCUGCCAGCCUUCCCUCUUGCAUAGUUGUUUUAUAGCAGUAUGGGUACAAAAUGAAACUACACUGAAGAAGAUGAAUUUUUUUCCAUCUGCUUUUACCUCACUGAAUUUCACUGAUUUGAGCAUCUGCAUCAAGUGCAAGCCCAUAGGGAUAAGUCAGUGUCUUCCUCAGGUGUGCAGCUCCAUCUCAGCUCUGAGAGCAUGCAGCUGAGCUCCAUUACCAGCCCACUGCUGCAGCCAAGUGACCUUGCUUCCUUUAACAAGCCUCCUAAUAUGAGCUGUAAAGGGCACCACUCCUGCCUUGGAGGGUGAAAAAUUUGGCCCCUUUGCAGGGGAGAAGCGAAUGCCUCAGGAACUGGAUGAGAACACAGACUGCAGGCUCAUGUGGGAGGUUCGUGGCAGUAAAGGUGAAGUCCUUUAUAUCCUGGAUGCAAGCAAUCCACGCCAUUCUAACUGGCUGCGUUUUGUCCAUGAAGCUCCAUCACAGGAACAAAAGAAUCUGGCUGCAAUCCAGGAAGGAGAAAAUAUUUUCUAUCUUGCUGUGGACGAUAUUGAAACAGACACAGAACUUCUGAUUGGUUACUUGGACAGUGACAUGGAAGAAGAGGAGGAGGAUGAGGAGGAAGUAACUGUUAUUCAGGAAGAUGAAGACAGUGGCAACAAUAAAGAAGUGCAACCAGCCAGUGAAAAGAUUGCAGAUUCCCUCACUUGUAAAGAGGACCAUGCAUGCCCAAACUGUGAGUCCAGUUUUGCAAGCCAGGAGAUUCUAGCUGAACAUCUUCAGACAUUGCACCAAAAACCCAGUGAGGAAAAGGAAUUUAAGUGCCGAAACUGUGGAAAGAAGUUUCCUGUUAAACAAGCUCUACAAAGACAUGUACUUCAGUGCACAGAGAAUAUCAACCCAGGAGACUCUUCAAGAAGUUUUCAGUGUUCUGUUUGCAAUACUUCCUUCAGCUCAGAAUCGAGUUAUGAACAGCACAAGGAGGCAUGCAGAGGGGAUGCCAGAUUCAUAUGCAAGGCAGAUAGCUGCGGGAAGAGGUUCAAGAGUAAGGAUGCCCUGAAAAAACAUAAAGAAAAUGUUCAUAGUGGAAAUUCUAGGAAAAAGCUGACGUGUUCAGUGUGCAAUAAGAAAUGUUCCUCAACAACAAAUCUCCAAGAGCAUCGAAAGGUUCAUGAGACCUUUGAGUGUCAGGAAUGUGACAAGAGAUUUAUUUCAGCUAACCAGCUAAAACGCCAUAUGAUAACUCAUUCAGAAAAACGCCCCUACACCUGCGAGGUUUGCAAUAAGUCCUUCAAACGACUUGAUCAAGUGACUGCACACAAAAUAAUACACAGUGAAGAUAAACCUUAUAAAUGCAAGCUUUGUGGAAAGGGAUUUGCCCACAGAAAUGUUUACAAGAAUCACAAGAAGACCCAUUCUGAAGAGAGACCAUUCCAGUGUGAGGAAUGCAAAGCUUUGUUCCGAACUCCAUUCUCUCUACAAAGACAUCUACUAAUUCAUAACAGUGAGAGGACCUUCAAGUGUGAUCACUGUGAUGCUACUUUCAAAAGAAAGGACACCUUAAAUGUUCAUAUUCAAGUUGUACAUGAUGGACAUAAGAAAUACAAGUGCGAUCUCUGUGACAAAGCUUUUGUGACACCUUCAGUCCUGAAAAGUCAUAAAAAAACUCACACAGGCGAAAAAGAAAAAAUUUGCCCAUAUUGUGGACAGAAAUUUGCAAGCAAUGGAACACUGAGAGUUCAUAUUCGAAGCCAUACAGGCGAGCGUCCUUACCAGUGUCCUUACUGUGACAAAGCUUUCAGCAAGAAUGAUGGACUGAAGAUGCAUAUUCGCACCCACACAAGGGAAAAGCCAUACCAAUGUUCUGAAUGUAACAAGGCUUUCAGUCAAAAACGAGGCCUAGAUGAGCACAUGAGAACCCACACCGGAGAGAAGCCGUUUCAGUGUGAUGUUUGUGAUUUGUCCUUCAGCCUGAAGAAAAUGCUGAUUCGACAUAAGCUGACUCACAACCCCAAUCGACCAAUGGCAGAAUGCCAGCUUUGCCACAAGAAGUUUACAAGAAAUGACUACCUCAAAGUGCACAUGGAAAAUGUCCAUGGUGAAACUGACAGCUAAUUAUGAUGUGUGAGAAGAAUGGAUCUCAUGUUCCAAAGUGUUCCACUUGUAUGUGUACAUACUCCAGACUUCUCACCUGACUAGUAGGCAUAGUCAGGAGAAACAACUGUGUUCGCAUGUUAUUUUUCUCACCUUUUUAUAUGGUAGCAGGACAGAAAAAAAGGCAAUCACUUGAAGGAAAAUAAGAAGUUGAAAAUAAGAAGUUGAAGAGACAAUUUAAAAGAAACAAACUAAAAAAUCCAACCAGCUCUAAAUAAAUUUUGCUUUCUCAACUCCUGCCUUAGAAACCUAGAUAUUAGUGAUGCUGCCUGGAAAGCUUGGAUAUUUCAACCCCUGGCUGUCUGCAACUAUUUCUAUAUCUAAGCUUCACACACCAUUACAAAUCUUAAAGUGGAAGCCAGACAGAAUUUGUCUAUGUGAUUGAUUGCUGAUUCUAUUCAGGCAUAUUUUAUUCAAUUCUUAUAAUGCCGCAUUUUAUUGUGACAUGACUUUAUCUCACUUUAUUUACAGCUUUCUUAUUACUAGAUGGUACUGAUUAACUUGAAUUGAUUCUUGAGAUGUCAGGAUGUAUGGACAUAGAAACUGUGGAAAUCUGUCAACUUAGGUUCUAGACAAUGACAGAAAUGCUUGUCGUUGCGUGUAACAUGACAGAAGUAAAAAAAAUAAAUAAACAAUUUAGUUCAACUAUUAUAUUCAUACUCAUCACUGCAACUGGCAAGGUAAGUGGAAAGACUUCCUGAGUGAGUGGCUUGAGCAGCUCCAGCUGUCUGGUUAAUAUGUAUUUGAUUUUCUGGUGAACAGCUGUUUCCCAGUGUUUCCUACUGCUAAAUCAGAUGCCCUUGUUUUCUUCAUCCCAUUUAGCUACCUUUGUUUUGUUAAUCUUGUUAAUGAGCCAUGGGAGAAAUAAACCUAGGUAACAAAAUGAAAUUCUCCCAAAUAUCACAUUGAGUUGUUUACUGGAGUAAAACUCUGGAAAAGAAUUGCUGCAGGUCUUCUUUAUAUCACAUUUAGAUAACUAAGAAAUUGUUAUCUACAAGAGUAGAAAAAAUGUAACUUCAGAGAGUGAUUGGAUUUGAAAAUCCUGAGAUAUCAGCAGUUAAUAUUAAGACUGUCACUGGCCAAUUUUUCGUAUUUAUUUUAGACAAUGUUUUAUAAAAUGAACUAGUGUUGAAACACCUUGGUUCUAGUUUUUAUGGGAAGAGAGUUCAGGUUUUCUGAACUGCAGUGGGAACAACUGAAUGAACAGCAUGAUUUUUUUUUUUUUUUAAUCUCUCUUCUCAGAUCUGUCUUUUGUGAUAGAUUUUUCAACCACCACAGCACCAGCACAGAAAUAGCAAUAGAUCUUUCCUGAGCUACAUGCGACCAGUUUGGCUUUAAUGAGUUACCUGCAAGGUUUCUGCUGGCAAUGGUGUGAUCUUUAGCUGAAUCUGCAAAUUUGAAAUUAGAACCAUGUCCCCUAGAUAUUUAAAAGGAAUAAGACAUAGUUAGGCAAUAGGCGUAGUCUGCCAGACUGUAUUGUAAGUGUGUAAAAUAAUCCAUGGCAUUUACCUACUGAGAUAAAUUCAUACGAAGAGAGUUCUGAAAGAGAAUUGCAUGUGAAGAACAGUUAAUAUUAUGUUGUUCCUUAACAUACCACUUCAGUGUGGAACAGGUUGCAUAGAUGUCAUGCUGGUGUGUGAGAGAAAGUUGUAACACUACAUGUGUGUGUUAUGUAAUCUUGUGUUAUGUUAUAAUCUCUACUGUGUAAAGUUAUAAAGUCUCUGUUCUUUUUAACUUCAAUUAAAUGUAGAAUUUUUUAUCCUGUGUUUUAGUAGUUUUUCAGAAUAUUAGUUCUGAAGACAAACUGCAUGGCUAAUACUUCACAAGUUAAAAUUAUUCAGUAACACUUCACUAUUUUGUUCCAUUCAACUUGUGUAUUUAAAAUGCAUAUACUUAAUUGAUUCUGAUUGUUUAGGAUUCCUGCAGACUUUAAAGAAGUGCGAUUAUAAAGAUUUACUACUUUGCAUCUCCGAUCUGUGUGUGAAAAUAUACAAAGUCCUCUUUCUUCCCUUUUUGGUACUUGUGAGUUAUAUGAAAAUUGGAGUCUUUGAUAGUUCUAUAUAAAUGCUUUUCCAUAUAAAUCAAAUAUGUUGUACACAUCUAAGAUUAAUACAAUAGAAGUAGUUAUUACCAGGUUGACUGAAAAAUACU